GAGGACAGCGCGGACCUGAAGUGCCAGCUGCAUUUUGCCAAGGAGGAGUCGGCCCUGAUGUGCAAGAAGCUGACCAAGCUGGCCAAGGAGAACGACGGGAUGAAGGAGGAGCUGCUGAAGCACAGGUCCCUGUAUGGGGACCUCGACAGCUCCCUCUCCGUGGAGGAGCUGGCUGACUCUCCCCAUUCCCGGGAGGCCGAGUUGAAGGUCCACCUCAAGCUGGUGGAGGAGGAAGCCAACAUCCUCAGCCGGAGGAUAGUGGAGCUGGAGGUGGAAAACCGUGGGCUGCGGGCAGAGAUGGACGACAUGAAGGGCCAGGGGGACAGAGAGCUGCCGGGGCAGGAUGCGCGGUUCCUGGCGGGCGUUUCUGGCUGCGGGGACGCGGGGGACACGGUGGCGGAGCUGCGCCGGCACCUGCAGUUCGUGGAGGAGGAGGCCGAGCUGCUGAGGCGCUCGCUGCUGGAGCUGGAGGAUCAGAACAAGCUCCUCCUGAACGAGCUGACCAAGUACAAGUCAGACCAUGAGCUGGACGUGACGCUGUCGGAGGACAGCUGCUCGGUGGUCAGCGAACCCUCGCAGGAGGAGCUGGCCACCGCCCAGAGCGGCAAGGUGAAGAAGCUGCAGUACGAGAACCGCGUGCUGCUCUCCAACCUCCAGCGCUGCGACCUGGCCUCCUGCCAGACCACCCGGCCCAUGCUGGAGACCGACGCCGAGGCCGGCGACUCAGCACAGUGCAUCCCCACUGCCGGCUGGAGGGAUGGGAUGGGUAGCACCGAAGCUGACGGGCAGGACAGGGUGCCCAGCAGUGGGAAGGUGCCCGAUGGCUGCUUCGCGAGGAAGGUGGACCACCUCACUGGUGGCCUCAAGGAACACACGGACUCUUUCGCCUUCUCUGGCCCCGGCAGCCACGACGCCACCAAAGAGGGGUUGCAGAAGGAGCAUGCCUCCGACUUCCAGAGCAAAACCCAGACUAACACCUCGCUGCAUGCCAGUGGCACCGGGGACAAGCAGCCUGAUUUUAGGGACGCCGACCCUUACCGCAUCCCCCACACCAAGGACACGGACCCAACGCAUCCCCGGAGCUACAAAACCUGCCGGCCUGAGGAGAACGACUCCUACGCCACCGAGAUGAAGGAGCUGCAGCUGGUGCUGUCGGAGGCCAACGAGAGCCUGCGUGGACUGCAGGAGCAGCUCUCGCAGGAGAGGCAGCUGAGGAAGGAUGAGGUGGACAAUUUCUCACAGAAGAUCUGCCAGCUGAAGGAGGACCACCAGAAAGCGCUGCUGCGGCGGGAGUUUGAGCUGCAGAGCCUGAACCUGCAGAGGCGGCUGGAGCAGAAGUUCUGGAGCCAGGAGAAGAACCUGCUGGUGCAGGAGUCACAGCAGUUCAGGCAGAGCUUCCUCCUGCUCUUCAUGAAGCUCAAGUGGUUCCUCAAGCGCUGGCGCCAGGGCAAGAUGGUGCACAGCGAGAGUGAGGACUUUUUGGAGGUGAACAGCAUGAAGGAGCUGUACCUGCUGCUGGAGGAGGAGGAGCUCGCCCCACAGCAGCAGGCGGACAACAAGACGUGUGCUGGGGACGCCUGGACCCCCAACACGCCCAACGAGUGCAUCAAGACGCUGGCGGACAUGAAGGGGACCCUGAAGGAGCUGUCCACCAAUGUGUCCCCACAGCUGGAGUCGAAGGCAGGCAAAGGGAUAGUGGAGCGCGCGCUACCGGACUGGAAGGUGGCAUUGAAGAGGGAACGUGAGGAGCACCAGCAUCUCCUAGCCGAGUCCUACAGUGCCGUCAUGGACCUCACCAAGCAGCUGCAGAUCAGUGAGAAGAACUGGAACCAGGAGAAAGUGGAGCUGCUGGCCCGCUUCAAGGAGGAGCAGCAGCAGGCAGAGCAGCAAGCGAAGGACCUGCAGAACAAAAUCAACCAGUUGCAGAAAGGAGCCAACCCAUGGGCAUUGAAGCAUUCUGAAAUGGAGAAGCACGGCAGCAACUGGAAGGAGGCUCUCAAUGAAAAAAUCACAGACAAAGAGACAAUCUCUGAAGCAGAAGCUAAGGGAACCAACCUCAAAAGGACCAAGUCCGUUUCCUCCAUGUCAGAGUUUGAGAGCUUGCUCGACUGUUCUCCCUACCUCCCUGGAAAGACUGCGCCAGGGCUGGGCGACCAUUCCCGGGGCAAAAAGGCAUCUGCGGCCACCCAGCUGUUGCCCAACGGGAUCCGGGACAGUGCUGGUGUUCCUCCCUCAAAUUGUACAUAUGUGAAUAUUGAGCAACCUGCUCCUGACAGCCUGGCCAAGGAGAAGCUGGGCAUCUCCUCCUGGGACUACUCGCGGGCAAGCAGCCUCUCCGGGCACGACCCAGCCCAGAAGCAAAUGCAGAGGAGCUACACGGCGCCCGACAAGACGGGGAUCCGCAUCUACUACAGCCCGCCAGUGGUGCGGCGGCUGGAGGCACCUCUGGUGCACAGCAAGGAGGGGAAGAUCAUGAUUGAACCCGGUUUCUUGUUCACCAUGGCCAAGCCGAAGGAGCCAGAGGAGUCGGCCAGCGCUGAGAGCACCUACAGCCAGUGGCUGUGUAACUUCUCCAAGCAGCAGCGGGAGCUGCUGGACAGUGGCACGGUGGAGAGCGUGGUGCCGCCGGUGCCCCACUUUCCCCCAUCGCUGCACGACCUGGAGAUCUCCGGCAACAUGAGCGACGACAUGAAGGAGAUCACCAACUGCGUGCGGCAGGCCAUCCGCUCCAGCUCUCUGGAGAGGAAGGUGAAAAGCACCUCCAGCCAGACAGUGGGGCUGGCCCAUGUGGGGACGCAGACCAUCCAGACGGUGAGCGUCGGCCUGCAGACUGACCUGCCGCGCGGCAGCGGCAUGCACGGCAAGAGCUGGUCCCCACGCAGCUCCUCCCUUGUGUCCGUGCGCAGCAAGCAGAUCUCCUCCUCCCUGGAUAAGGUCCACUCCAGGAUCGAGCGGCCAUGCUGCUCCCCAAAAUACGGCUCUCCAAAGCUCCAGAGGAGGUCUUCCUCCAAGCUGGAUGCGUCCAAGGACAGGAGCCUCUGGAACCUCCACCAGAGCAAGCAGAACGGCUCUGCCUGGGCCCGC